AUGGAUCCAAACUCAUAUCUUAUGCGGAUAGAAAAGGAAAGACAAUUGCCACUUAAAAAGUCAAUAAUUACAAUUAUGCCAAUAAAAAACGAUUGGUUCACAGCGCACUGCAAAACCAUGAAGCAACCAUUCAACAAGACAGCAGGAGAAAAAAUUUGCAUCAAAAAUCAACAAAUCACCAACUGGCGUCAAUAA